UGCAAUUUAAUCCGGGCAUUUUUCCUUCAUGACUCACGGUAUCGAUACACGGUCAUCGAGAAGCGUGAAAUGCCGCAUACCUCACUGUAGUCUGUAGGCUGUUGUAGGUAUCUUUUGUUUACCUUGGCAAUUGAAAUUCAGUAGUGCUUCGGCUGCCAUCAACAUUAAACCAAUAUUUACCGAGCGCGAACAGGAUUCGGCGCCAAAAUCGUGUGUAAAUUAAAAAAAAAUGAGGAGUUUCUGUUUUUGGUAAUUUAUUUGUGUAUUUUAUCGCGUUUUCGUUUUCAAGCACCGUUCAAUUUUUCAAAAUGAUGAACAACGGAUUUACACCGAGAGGCGAAUUUUACGUGUCCACCGACAGCAUGUGUUUUGACAACAAGGCGAUGGUUGCUCCGAUGCCCUCUGGGGGCACUGCACCUCAACCAGGCGUGCGCAUUAACAUCCCCGAUCUCGAGAAGAACAAUCCAUCGUCGCCAGCACCAUCUAGACUAAAGUUUCGAAAACGCGUACGCUUACCACACGCGCUCAAUGUUUUAUUGAGUUUUCUAGUUUUAUCCAUAAUAAUCCUGUUGGAACUGGGAUUCAUUCCGGCAACAAAUACUGGCUUUUACUGCAAGGAUUCGUCGUUAUCCUUCAAAUUUACCGGAGACACCAUCAGUGCAACCACUUUGCUGGUCAGCAACCUCUUGGUAGUUCCAUUGCUGGUAUUGUUCCUUAGCGAAUAUUUAAGGAACAGAUCAGCGUCAAAUAUAUGUUUAAGGGAAGUGUGGUAUUAUUACAAGGAAUUUCUCAUAGGAUGUGGUUUAGCGUUGGUUCUCACUGAAGUGGCAAAGGCCAUAGUGGGUGAGCACAGGCCACACUUUUUUGAUGUUUGCCGACCAAAUUCGGCUGAAAAUUGCACUGAAGGCCAAUAUGUGAGCACAUAUCAGUGCACUGUGACCAACUAUAGUCACUAUUUCAUGGCAGAUACAUCAAGAAGUUUUCCAAGUGGACAUUCAUCGUUGAGUGUUUUUGUUGCAGUAUUUUGUUCCUAUUUGAUUCAAGUGCGACUCGUCACUGUCCUAACUGGAGUAAUUUUCAAGUACUUCUUCAUCUCAUGCCUGAUGACAUGGUCCCUGGUAUGUUCCCUUACCCGAAUCACCGAUAAAAGACACCAUUGGUGGGACGUGGCAGUGGGAAUGUUGCUUGGAGUUUUAGUCGCCUUCUAUUCCAUCAGUAUUAUUCGCAAACAACUACAUAGAAACAGUAUUCCAAGAGUGGCAACAUCUACGACAACGCUUAUUGAUGUUAAAAAUAAAGACGCUAAAAGCGAAAUUAUUUAAUUCCGGUUUACACGAGCUAUUUAACUCAUGCACCUAAGUUUAAGUGCAAGCAAAGCACAUUGCAUUGUAAAACGUAGGUACUGACGACUCACGGCUUGACUCACUAAAGCGCAUCUGACUGCCGAAGAAUUAGAGUGGCCUUAAGUAAUUUUCAUAAUUAUUCUAUUUUGUACAUAUUCUUAACUGAUAGGACGUAUGUGAACGAUUGUUUUUACGAAAAUAACAUACUUUCACACAAAAGUUUUUUGUGUUGAAAUGUAUUAUUUAUUGAUUGCUUUUCUUCUGUACAUAGUAUUAUUGUUGUGAUCUGAAUAAAGAAUACUUUUA